GUGUGUCUCCUAUUACUCAUUUGAAGCAAUGUCACUCCUUUUUCCACUGUGGUCUGUGUGUCUGAGUCAGAGGGCGCCUAAGCAGGCUUCUUUGAAUUGAUGGCUCACUCCCAGCCUCUCUUGACUGACUGCCAACCUAGCAGGGCGUAGCUUACCAACAAAUCAUUUUUUAUUUUUUUUAAGUCAGACUGAUUCAUAGAAACUCCUUUAAAACACAGUGAAAAGAAACCGCCCAUCACACACCCCGGCACACCAGCGCAGGAAACUUAUAACCUCGGGAGGCAGGUCCCUCCCCUCACUGUGGUCACAAACCUCCAGAAGAGCAGACCUACCCGGCCAGCUGCCAGCUGCUGCCACUCAAGGCUUCUCCGUCGCUCGGACCCUCAGGACUCUGAACUCACCAAGUUAUCAAAAAGCCAAGAUGUUGGUAUUACUGGCUGGCAUCUUUGUGGUCCACAUCGCCACCGUCAUUAUGCUAUUUGUCUCCACCAUUGCCAAUGUCUGGGUGGUUUCAGAUUUUGGAAAAGCAUCAGUAGGUCUUUGGAAAAACUGUACCCAAGGUAACUGCGAUGGAACCCUGAUCUACGCCGAUGAAGAUGCAAUCAAGGCAGUGCAGGCCUUCAUGAUCCUUUCCAUCAUCUUCUCUGUCAUCUCCCUCGUGGUCUUCGUGUUCCAGCUCUUCACCAUGGAGAAAGGAAACCGCUUCUUCCUCUCGGGGGCCACCAUGCUGGUGUGCUGGCUAUGCAUUAUGGUCGGGGCGUCCAUCUUCACUCAUCAUUACGCGGGUUAUGGGGUCAUAUACUCCAGAAGUCACCACGGCUACUGCUUCAUCCUGACCUGGAUCUGCUUCUGCUUCAGCUUCAUCAUUGGCAUUCUCUAUCUGGUGCUGAGAAAGAAAUAAAGCUGAACACAUUUAUGGGGAUCUGGGGGGUGGGGAGGAGGAAGCCGUGGAAUCUGGGAGGGAAAUGAAAGUUGCUCUGCAGGAAAAGCCAAGAC